AUGCAUCUCCUUACCGUAGCAUCCGUAUUUCUCUUGUUCGCAUCCACGACUCUCGCAGCGUCUUGUUCAUCAUUUGCUCAGUCAGGUCAAGCCUACACGCAACCUUCAAUCCGCACUCAAAUCAUCAGCAAAGGCCUUCUCUGCAACUCGACAGCUAGCGACUGCCGAGUCCCUAUCGGCGGCUACGUGACCGAUGAACGCACAUUAAACAUCACAGUCGACUCCCCAGACUCAAUCUUCGAGCUUAUUAGCGAUACCGUCAAUAUCGCGUUCAACGAGACUGCCGUCACUACACGGGUUGGUGACACAGGCCCAAACGGUGUACCCCAGACGUGGCCUGUUCAGAACGGUACAGCAGGCUACGUGGGCUUCACCGCGAACCAAAGAUGUGUUUCUGGCGUACUCUCCGGUUGUGAGGACGCUCCUUUGAACAACACUGCCGUUGAAGCAUGUACACCGAUCUUGGGUGUCGGUGAUCAGCUUUCCGGCACUAUCGCUACCAUCACGUCGGAUUCUGUAGGAUUGACUUGCAAUCCUGCCAACACAACCAAGGCCAAAAAUGGAAACAACUCCAAUAGUUGUACUGGUACGGAGGAUCAGACUGGUAUGGGUGUUGCAGAUGGGCUGAAAGGCGGCUCGUUGGUCCUGCUGCUUUCUGCCUUGUUCGUCGCUAUCAUUGGCAUUUGA